ACAUUCCGGGCGGUGGCUCUCUAUAAAACCAUUUGUGCUGGCUUGUUCAGUUUUCCUACGCCACCCAGCCCACUCUUCUUAUAAAGUUCAGCUCCGUGCAUCAAAAGUGAGUCACCAUGCCAUCUGACUUGGAAAAAGCUAUGGAAACACUCAUUGUGGUGUUCCACACUUAUGCAAAAAGAGAAGGCAACAGCACUACACUGAGCCGAGGAGAGCUUAAGACUCUUAUGGAGGCAGAGUUGUCCAGCUUUCUUAAGUCCCAGAAGGAUCCUGCUACAGUGGACAAAAUCAUGAAGGAUCUAGACACCAACAGAGAUGGAGAAGUAAGCUUUGAGGAGUUUGUGUCCCUCGUGGUCGGCCUGUCCAUCGCUUGCGAACAGUGUUACCAGACGCAUCUGAAAGCAGGAAAGAAGCCAGUUUUAAACUGGUUUAUGUGAGUCACCAUGCCAUCUGACUUGGAAAGAGCCAUGGAAACGCUGAUCACGGUGUUCCACCGUUAUGCAGGAAAAGAGGGGAGCAGCAGCACGCUGAGUCGCAGAGAGCUCAGGAUGCUUAUGGAGACAGAGUUGUCCAGCUUUCUUAAGUCCCAGAAAGACCCUGCUACAGUAGACAAAAUCAUGAAGGAUCUAGACACCAAUGGAGACGGAGAAGUAAGCUUUGAGGAGUUUGUGUCCCUCGUGGUCGGCCUGUCCAUCGCUUGCGAACAGUGUUUCCAGAUGCAUCUGAAAGCAGCAAAGAAGUAAAAGCAGGAAGGAAAGAAAUGAGGGAACAAGAAAGAAAAUAUUUUCGACUGAGUAAUUUUAUAAAUUACUUUUAAUAAACGCAACUGAAAACCACAA